AUGUCUAAGAAGAAGCUCGUUGAGGGUGAUACCUUUGAGGUUACUCAUGGGUGUAGCGCUAUCAUGGAUAGCAAAGUUGCAGAAAACAAGGAUGACCCUAGAGCGUUCACUAUCCCUUGCACCAUUGGGACUCAUGAGUUUGCAAAAGCUUUUUGUGACCUUGGUGUAAGCAUCAACCUAAUGCCUUUUGUCAUAUAUAAGAAACUUGGAUUGGAUACUCCUACAUCGAACUCGAUGAGACUUUUAAUGGCGGACCAGUCUAUAAAAAUAUCGGUGGAUAUAUUGUUUGAUGUCCUGGUGAAGGUGGACAAACUCAUUCUCUCGGCAGAUUUUAUUUUACUGGAUUGCAAGAUGGACCAAGAGGUGCCUAUCAUUAUUGGUCGUCCUUUCUUGGCCACCAGGAGAGCCACUGUCGAUCUAGAGCUGUGA